AAAGUGAGGUUAUGUGUAUUUAUUUCUUCGUAUGAUGUGUCAAAGUUUUUAGAAUUCUAGGGCAUAGAUAUCAAAGUUUUGGAUUUAUUUCAAUGAAAUGAUAAUUAAUGAUUAAAGAUUAUUGGAAACUGAACUAGAUUCACAAUGGCAGUAGUGAUUGAAACAACCCUCGGGGACAUCACAGUUGAUUUAUAUCUGGAUCAACGACCCGUAACAUGUUUAAACUUUCUGAAGCUGUGCAAGAUGAAAUACUACAACUUUAACUUGUUUCAUACGAUCAGGAGUGGUUUUAUAGCCCAGACGGGAGAUCCUUCAGGUGAAGGUUCCGGGGGACAGUCUAUAUUCGGGCUGCUGGAAGGGCCAGAGAAAAGAUUCUUCUCAGGCGAGAAGAUGCCGAAAAUUCGGCACACAGACGUCGGCCUGCUCUCAAUGGUUGGAACAGGGGAUAUGAUGAUUGGUUCGCAGUUCUUCUUCACGCUCGCUUCUGACUUGGACUCUCUAGACGGAAUACAUUGCGUUAUUGGAGAGGUUACUGAAGGGCAUGAUGUACUAAGAAAGCUGAAUGACGUGAUAUGUGAUGAAGGUCACCGGCCGUACCGCGACGUGCGUAUUACUCACACCGUAGUUCUGGAAGAUCCCUUCAAUGACCCUAAAGGGCUAAGAGCACCAUCUAGAUCUCCAUCACCAAGUGCUGAGCGUCUCAAGGGUGGCAGAAUUGCUCCAGAUGAAGAAAUUGAUGAAACCCAAGGUAAAUCUGCUGCGGAAAUACAAGAGAUCAUUGAAGAGAAAGAAGCUAAAGCCCGAGCCACUAUUCUAGAAAUUGUCGGUGACUUGCCUGAUGCUGAUAUCGCCCCCCCUGAAAAUGUACUCUUUGUUUGUAAACUCAAUCCAGUCACAACAGAUGAUGAUCUAGAAAUUAUAUUUAGCAGGUUUGGUAAAAUAGUUAGCUGUGAAGUUAUAAGAGAUAAGAAAACAGGUGACUCUUUACAAUAUGCUUUUAUUGAAUUUGGAGAUAAAAAGUCAUGUGAAGAUGCAUAUUUUAAAAUGGACAAUGUUUUAAUAGAUGACAGACGAAUUCAUGUCGACUUUUCUCAAUCUGUAUCUAAAAUGAAAUGGUUGGGCAAAGGCAGAGGAGUCAAGUACUUCAAUGAUGAUGAGGCCAAAGAGAGAGAACGAGGAAACCAUAUGAAAAACAAUAAAUCUGUCCAUUCAAAAAAUAGAGAUGAUGAACAUAGAAACCGUGACAGAAAUGAUAGAAAUGAAUACAGUAACAAUAGAAAAACAGAUGAGCGGGAAAGAAACAGAGAUAAAGAAAGAAGGUCAGACAGGCAUUACAGACAUGAAAAAGAAUCCAAUCACAGAACAAAUCGAGAAGAAGAAAAGUCCCAUCGGAGAAGAAGUAGGAGUCGUUCCAAACAUGACAACAGACUGAGAGAUGAUAGAAAUAGCUAUAAUUACUCUGACAAAAGUAUCAGAAGUCAUAAAAAUGAGUAUGAUAGAAAUGCAAAUGAACAAAAACGCGAGAAAUCCACUGACCACAAUAAUUCAAAGAAUAUUGAUAGAAACAAAGAGUAUAAAAGGGAAUCUAGUAAACAAGAAAAUGAUAAAAAUAUAAAUAAUUCAGACCACAAUCUUGCAAAGAAUUCAGAGCAUAAUGCCAAAGAAUAUAAACAUCAUCAUUCUAAUAAAUAUGAAAAUGAAAGGAAAGAAAAUGAUCAAGUUGGCCAAAAUGUUUUCAGAGAUUCUGAUAAACACAAUAAAGAGUACAAAAAUGAUUCAAAAAAACUUGAGAAUAAAAGAAAUAAAGAAGAUUCUAACACUGAGCAGUCAAGAUCUCCAUCCAGGCAGAAGGGUAGAGAAAAAUAUAAAGAUCACAAAAGUAAACAAGACAAAGUUGAUAGAAGAUCAGAAAAGGAAAGUAAGAGCAGAAAAUCAAAGCUUAGUAGUGAAGAUAUGGAACAAGUUCCAAGCAAAAGGUCUAAAAAAGAAUCACACAGUACAGAACCUAGGACACCAACACCUACUGAUGAGAAGAGAAAACACAAGACCACUUCCAAAUCUAAACACAGUGAAAAGAAAAUUGAAAAAUCUAAGAGGAAUGCAAAAAAGAAGCGUAAACCAUCAACAUCAUCCGAUAGUUCAACAGAAUCUAGCUCUUCUAGUAGUGAAUCCAGUUCUUCGAGCGAUGAUGACCGCAAGAAAAAGUCUUUGAAAAGAAGGAAGAAGAAAUAUUCCACAUCAAGCACUAGUAGUAGUGACAGCACCAGUUCUAGUUCAUCAUCAAGCACUGACUCUAGCAGUUCUUCAAGCUCCAGUUCAGACGAUGGUAAAAGGAAAAAGACUCGUAAACGUUCCAAUAAGAAGAAAAAGUUAUAGGAUAGUACAAAAUGUAGAGAUACAAUAAAUAGACAUAUAAAAUUACUAGUGUGAACUGACUUGAUAAAGCUAAGAAAAAGUGACCUGUUUGUACGUCAUAUAGAUUUAAGUGAGUCUCAAAUGUUAAUUCCAUGUGGCCAUUUUUAUGUGUAUUGCUUAAUUUAAAUUCUUUUGUUAAAUGCCUAAGACUGAAUGGAUACUUACCUAGUAUACUAUUCUACGUCAAGAUGGCCUACAUAUUUAUCUCAUUUAUAAAAAUAUGCAGUAUGUAGGUACUUACCUAUAUAGUAAAAUAAACAUGAUCUUUACUUGUUAUGCAUGUGUUAUGUUACAUACCUAAAUUUUAAUCAGAUAAUCACUAUUAAUUUGACGUAAAUCAUGUCUGCAAUAGAUUUUAAAUAAGAACGAUACUUGGUACAAAGGUACAAAGUAUUUUCAUGAGAUAUAAUAAGAUCAGCAUAGGCAGUAAAUAGAUGGCCUAAAUGCACUUAACCGUAUCCUAGUACAAUUUGAUCUUAUGAUUAGAAUUGUAAUGCACUUUUAUACAUUAUUUGUAAGUAUUUUUACUGUAUGGUUAUGCUCACUUAACAAGCAAUAAGUCACUACAUGAUUGUAAACCACAGCCCUUUUUGUUUAUCGGAUGGGUAAGUAGAUAUCGUACAUUUAAAAUGGACAAAAGGUAAUAUAUUACUUUGCCAAAAUAAAGUCAAUACUCAUUAUUUCUUGCAACGUGUAGUUUCAGAGUAGCAUUGUCUUCAUUUAAUCAUAUUUCAUGAAAGGCCUUACCUUUGUCAACUGGACUGAUUUGUUUUUAUUUUUUCUAGAGUUAAAACUUUUAAUUGAUUUUAUUAUGGUAAUGUAUAAUUAAGUGUUUGCCUCGUAUUUGAGUAUCAAUCAUAAUUGCAUUUGAAAAUGAAUUAGGUAAAGUUUAAUGAACUAAAUAUUUUUAAAUUGUCACAGUGUAGGUACGAGGUAUUUUUUCUAUUUAUUAGAGCCUAGUUGUAAUGUGUUGUAAUGUUUUCUUCAUUUCUUUUAGUUAGCAUUAUGAGAAGCGUAAUUUAGGUAUUUGUUAUGUAUUUAUGUAUAUUUUUGUAUAUUAAUAAAUGCCUUCAAUACA